CGGACUGCUGUUUCCUGUUUGGGAACGGACUCGCAGGCGUCGCAGAAGCAAGUCUAGAACAAGAAAAUCGAUCGUCUCGAGAAGCGAGGUUUGAUCGGCGGAGAAUCGACGCCGGCGAUGUUGGAGCUCAAUAUGACUGCUCAUGAGGUCAGCUCGCCGCCAGGGAAGGAGCAGCAGGCUGCCGGGGUGGGCAUCCUCCUCCAGAUCUCUAUGCUGGUGCUCUCCUUUGUCGUAGGCCAUGUGCUCCGCCGCCACAAGUUCUAUUACAUUCCGGAGGCCAGUGCUUCCCUCAUCAUCGGUCUACUUGUUGGUAUACUUGCUAACAUUUCAGAUACCGAAGCCAGUAGCAGGAGGUGGUUUAAUUUCCAUGAGGAAUUUUUCUUCCUUUUCUUGUUGCCACCAAUUAUAUUUCAAUCAGGGUUCAGUUUAGCACCGAAACCAUUUUUUUCAAACUUUGGAGCCAUUGUUACAUUUGCUAUCUUAGGGACAUUUAUUGCUGCAGUUGUCACAGGCUUUUUAGUCUAUCUUGGUGGGUUAACAUUUCUGAUGUACAAAUUACCAUUAGUUGAGUGUCUGAUGUUUGGCGCUCUUAUAUCAGCGACUGAUCCUGUAACAGUGCUAUCUAUUUUCCAGGAACUUGGUAUUGACGUGAAUCUAUAUGCCUUGGUGUUUGGAGAGUCAGUUUUAAAUGAUGCAAUCGCUAUCUCCUUGUACAGGACCAUGUCAUCAGUUCAAAGUCAUGCUUCCUCAGGACAAAGCCUUCUUGUGCUUGUCCUGAGCUUUCUCGAGACAUUUGUUGGCUCAAUGUCUGCAGGUGUUGGCGUUGGAUUCAUUUCUUCUCUGCUCUUCAAAUAUGCUGGAUUGGAUAUUGAGAACCUUCAGAAUUUGGAGUGUUGUCUCUUUGUCCUUUUCCCUUAUUUCUCCUACAUGCUUGCUGAAGGAUUUGGUCUAUCUGGUAUCGUGUCCAUACUGUUCACUGGAAUUGUAAUGAAGCAUUAUACAUUCUCAAAUUUGUCAGAGAACUCUCAACGUUUUACUGCUUCAUUUUUCCACUUGAUCUCAUCGCUAGCGGAAACAUUUGUGUUUAUUUACAUGGGUUUUGACAUUACAAUGGAGGAACAUAGCUGGUCACACUUGGGGUUUAUUUUCUUUUCAAUUAUCUUCAUAGGUGUUGCAAGGGCUGCAAAUGUUUUUACUUGUGCUAAUUUAGUUAACAUGGUUCGACCGACAAAUCGCAAAAUACCUCCUAAGCAUCAGAAGGCACUUUGGUAUAGUGGUCUUCGAGGAGCUAUGGCUUUUGCCCUUGCUUUGCAGUCAGUACAUGAUCUCCCCGAGGCUCAUGGAAAAACAAUUCUUACUGCUACAACUGCAAUAAUUGUACUAACUGUAAUAUUGAUUGGUGGCUCAACUGGUACCAUGCUUGAAGCUCUAGAAGUAGUAGGGGAUGGUCAAAAUGAUACACUGGAAGUCAAUUUCUCAGAGAACUUUGACAGUAAUAAUGGCUACAUUGCUCCAACUUACCAAGAAGGAACAUCAUCUGGGAGUAAAAUAAAGAUGAAACUCAAGGAGUUCCAUAAGAGCACUACAUCCUUCACCGCAUUGGAUAAAAAUUACUUAACUCCAUUCUUUACCACUCAAAAUGAUAAUGAAGAUGAUUCUGCAGAUGAGUUGAGCUAGAGCAUUUAAAGAGGAGGAUUCCGUUGUCAUGUAUAAAGUUGGUGAGCUUAACCUGCCUGUUGGGUUCCUAUUCUUUCACAAAGCUUUCAUAUUGAGCCGCAGGAGGCAAGCAGGAAGAAAUCAAACUUGCGCUGUUGAUGGACCAGCCUCUAUGGCUUGCCAUGCGUUAUGACUCUAUUCUUACACGUCUAGCAUAUUGAAAUAAACCUCAUGAUAGAUUACGGUAGAGAGACAUAUCAGCUAAGUAUGUAAAUAUCGGACCUUAUAUACGAUACAAGCAUUCAAUGACAUUUCAUGUAGCUGAUUUGUUGUGGAAUUCACCGUGUUUUCAUCUUUUUAUGGUUAGCAACUGUGUCAUUCUGUAAAACAGAUUUAAAUGUGGUCAUUUUAAUUUUGGGGCCGGUGAUGGAUCUGUACAAGGCUUUAUAUACAUGAAAUGUGACAACUCAGUUUUUUGCUA